GUACCAAAAAAGUAUAAAUGUCAAUUGUACAGGUGUAGAGAAUGAAAUCGCGGGAAAAAAGUAUCGUUGCCGACCUUCACAUUUUCUCCAGUAGAUUUUGUCCACAAACAUUUUUGCUUUAUUUUGAUAGGUCAAUCUUUUGACAAAUCAGAAGUCUGCCCUCAUCUCUGUCUUUUGUAUUGGUCUAUUCUAAUUCAAUCACAUUAAUUUGUUUCACGUGACUAUAUGGUGUUCUGUUUCUUAUAGUUUAGGUAUUUUAUCGACCGCAUGAGGUCAUGGGUCCGAACCUCUCCGUAUCUUUAAAGAAUUGGAAAGUAUGAUGGUACUAUGAACCACGUUCGUGCAAUAGGUGUUGCUUAUAGCAAGUCUGUUUCAGCCUUAAAUUCCAAAAUCAGAGCUCGAGAUACAGCAAUCACAUCUAACAUGGUUUCUAAGAAGGUUUCAUUACAUCGAUGCACUGAUCCGUUCUGAUCGUUGAACCUAAUGAAUCAAAUAUAUGAUUUACCUGAACGAUUAUUGACAUUGAAAUUAUGCUUUCCGUUAAUUCUCCGAUCACAUUUCAAACAAUACUUAGAUGAAUGUUUAAUUGGUUUCAAAUAUUCACUUAUCAAACAGUUUGAAACGAUAACCUCUAAGACUUAUGAACUGGAAAGAGUGAACCAAUUUACUUAUCAUGCUGCACUUCAUUCAGACAAUUAUUACUUAAAUCGUUACGAUGAUAUUCUGCCUUAUGACCAAACACGAGUGAUUUUAAAGGAUGUAAAUGAUCACAAUUUGGUUACUUUUGAUCAGUUAUCUAUGAAUUCAACUGGUUACAUCAAUGCCAACUUUAUCCGAACUAUAGAACCGCCAACAUCUUCAAAUGAUACUAUGUUAAGAGCAAAUAAUCAAUGUGAAUUUAUUGCUACACAAGGUCCACUUAAAAAGACAAUAGGAGAUUUUUGGCAUAUGGUUUACAUAUAUCAAUGUCCAAUUAUUAUUAUGCUGACAGGGCUUAAACAUAAUACUCAAAGUAUUUGUGAUUUAUAUUGGCCAGAGGAAUUGAACACCACUAAACAAUAUGAAUACUCAAAUAUUCGAAUAUCAGUUACCUUGGUCAAUGUUAACCAAUCAGAUUGUUUUAUUCAGCGAAAUUUCAAAGUUUCAUCGUCAAUAAAACCGAAUGAAUUACAUAAUGUAAUCCAGAUACAUUCCACAAAAUGGGAGAAUUUCGGUGUACCAACAUUGGAGAAUAUGCAUAAACUUGUACAGGCGUAUGAAAACAUUUAUCAGGAUUGUGUAGGCCAAUCAACUAUCCCGAUUGGUCCAACUGUUGUACAUUGUAGCGCAGGAGUUGGUCGAACUGGAACAUUCAUAAGUGUGCUUGUAGUUCGUCGACAUCUUCGAUCUGAUUGUCAAUGGAUUAGUCUACCCAAUAUUGUUUUAAUGUUACGACUUUGGCGUUGUUUUAUGGUUGAAUUGAAAGAACAGUAUAUAUUUCUUCAUGAAUACUUCUCAUAUAUUUUGAGCCAAUGAGAGAAAGAUGAAAGCAACACCAACCAAAUCAAGUAUUGAAUGUGUGCUGUUGAAAUAUACACUCAUUCACAGUUAUGACUGUGACUCAUCCUCCUCUUUCUUAUUCAUAUCAAGUUUACUUCUCUUUUUUUUCUUAAUUAUUCAUAUGAUACACUAGAAUAUAAUCUAUGAGUCAACAUAUACUUCAUAUUGACAAUUUUGUAAGCGAUAAAAAGAAACAACAACCGUGGACAUGUCUCCUGUUGGAAAAUUCUACUCAACCUUAUGCUAAUCACUUAGACAAUUUCCAUUGAAAGUGGCGUUGAAAUUAUCAUCAGCAAUCAGUUAC